AUGCAUUUGAGAACGGGACUGUUCCUCACCCUAUUUCUGUGUAACUUUGCAGCCACUCGAAUCAAAGACCUACAGGUGCAAGAUUUGUCUGGAAUCCGAGAUGUCAAACACAGACAUUUCCUGGAUAGUGUAAGACCAAUCAAACACACCGCCCAUGUCAAAACGAGACAGGACCAGGACAGACACCUGACAAAGAGGUCUACGUUCUUCACCAGUGGGGUGAAAGUAUGUCCUCAAGAGAACGUAAAGGCGGUCAUCUCCAGCCAUCGGGCCUACUACAAACUCAGAGUUUGCCAGGAGGCGAUAUGGGAAGCCUUCCGCAUCUUCCUGGAUAGGGUUCCUAACUCAGAUGAGUACAAGCAUUGGACUUAUGCCUGCCAGCAUGACUCUCUCUGUCUGGAUGAGGUGGCAAGAAACUUCAGCAGUACUCAGGAACACAUUGACAUGGUGGCCACAAGAGUUGCUGAACAGGAGAAGAUCCAGCAACAAAGGAUAACAGACAUUCCUAAUAUUGUACCAGAGGAGGCGAUUAUUGAGGAGCAGAUAGUGGAGUUCAGUGUCACCAUAGCAGACUCUGGCUACAGUGAACUUGUUCUGAGUGACCCUGCAGCUCCCCAGUACCAUGACAUCACACAAGAUCUCCAUGAUACGAUGGUUCACGUUUUUGACAAACUUCCUGGUUUCAAAAAUCUUCGUGUUUUGGGAUUUCGAUCUGAUGAUGUGUCAGUCCGCUAUGCUGUGGUGUUUGAGACAAAUGGAGAAGACCGUGAAGAAGAAUCUGUUUCCACUAUAGAACCAGGCACAAGAACAAGGACAGUUGUUUACACAAAUGGACACAAACUGAAAGAUAUGGUUUCCAAGGCCUUAAGCGUGGAGACGUCCCUGCCUGUGGAAAUACAUACACUCAGUUUUGAACCUGGUAAGCUUCAUUUAAAGCUCAAGUCAAUUGGGAUAUAAUCAUUGAGGAGAAUGCUAACUUUUCAUUUUCCCCCUUCAGAUCCCACUGUUUCUCUAAGAGAGGAGUUGGAAGCGACAACCUUGUUAACCUUGCCAGAGGAGGGUGUCGGGAACACUGAAGGUUUUUUCCCAACUGUUGCUGUCGGAGAGGACUAUCUUGAGGCUUUUACAGACAUGCCUGAGGAAUACAUCAUUGUCCCUUUCAGUGACUCAGUUAUUGUUCUUCCUGCUGAGGCUACCACUGCCUCAGCCCCAGAUACACCCCCCGCCGAUAUUAGUGAGGGUUCUCCCUCAGUAGAAGCAGUAGAGGAGACUGUAGUGGGUGCUAGAGAUGAGACAGUUGAUGAAGAGGCUACAGAUGGGACACUUGGCAUAGAGGAGCCUCCAGUGGAUGUUACAGGGGAGAUGAUUGAGGUAGAGGAAACUGUGGAUGCCACUGAGGAGACAAUUAACAUGAAGCCUGCAGAGGAUGCCACAGAGGAGACACUUGAUAUAGAGGAGACUGUGGAUGCGACAGAAGAAGACUACCUUUGGGUUUGGCCACCAGUAGCAACAAUGGCGGCCAUUACGGAACAGCCUGCCACUGAGGAGACACUUGAUGUAGAGGAAACUGUGGCUGCGACAGAAGUCUACCUUUGGGUUUGGCCACCAGUUACAAGAACGUCUGUUAUGGAACAGCCUACCACAAAAUGGAUUACUCCCUUUCCUCCUGAGAAAGAUGUUGUAGAUGAGGAAACCCUCCCAACUGUUGAACCUGAGGAAAAUGAAGGACCCACAACUACUGAGGCGGCUUUAGAGGAGCAACUGGACAGAGAAAAUCUAAUUAUCACCACUACAGCAUCUCUAGACGUAGAACCUGCAUCCAUCAGAACAUUCACCACUGCUACAAAAUCACAAACCAUGCCUUCAUCGGAGGAUGACAUCAUCCAAGCAGAGCCUGAGGAAAUCCCCUCAGCAUCUUUUCCCCCUAUAGCCCAUGGACCUUCAGAAGGAGGGGACCCCACCCGAGAACAGGACCCACUUAAGACGGCCUUGGAUAUCUCUACUGAUGACUCUGACAUGCAGGAGGACAUAGAAAAGGUAGAAACGGACGGUACAGAAGCCGCCGAUACGCUGGAUGAGUUUGGCAGUGGAUUGGAAGGUCCAUUUGAGUCCACUGCAGCCCCCAGACUCAGACACAUGAGCACCCCUUUAAUGGCCACUACUGAAAAGGACAAAGAGAUGGUGGUUUUCUUUAGUUUGCGAGUCACUAACAUGAUGUUUUCCGAGGAUCUGUCCAACAAGAGCUCUCCUGAGUACAGGUCAUUGGAGAAUACUUUUCUUGAGCUGCCCAGACACUCACCAAAUCCUGGAGCCAAAUCGGGGACUGGAAGACAGAGAACGUUAGCUUCAAUAUCAAUUCUCCCAUAUCUGCAAUCUAAUUUGACAGGAUUUAAGCAACUGGAAAUCCUCAACUUCAGGAAUGGUAGUGUUGUGGUGAACAGCAAGAUGAAAUUAGACAAAGAUGUGCCACAUAACGUGACACAGGCCGUGCACUGUGUGCUCGAAGACUUCUGCAACACUGCAUCUAAACGACUAGACAUUGAGAUUGACAGUCGCUACCUGGACAUAGAACCUGCUGACCAAGCAACUCCCUGCAAGUUCUUGGCCUGCAAUGAGUUUUCCCAAUGUGUGGUAAACAGUUGGACCCAGGAGGCUGAGUGUUUGUGUGACCCUGGGUACAGCACUACGGAUGGCCUGCCCUGCCAGAGUAUUUGUAACCUGGAGCCACACUACUGCUUCAACGGGGGCCUUUGUGACAUCAUCCAGGGCCAUGGAGCCACCUGCAGAUGUCCUGUCGGGAAAUACUGGCACUAUCACGGAGUGCGCUGCAAUGAGCUCGUGUUGCUGCCUGUAGACCCAACCAUUUCCAUAGCCUUCCUGGUGGGAAGCCUUACCUUGGUUUGUGCCAUCAUAGGCAUUUUGGUAUUCAUAAACAAGAAAUGUAUCGGGACCCGAAAGACCGUGACUUUGGUGCACACUCUUGCUCCCUAUGCCUUUGAGAACACAUUGAGAGUGAAUCCUUUUUUUGAAAAUGAAAAUGGUGUCUUGACUCAAGUAUCCAGCAUAAGUACCCCAUCAACAUGGAGUAGUGGUGCUGGUUCUUCCCAAACAGAGCAAGAAGCUUUUCACUCAAUUGAAAAUAUACAUCUAAGUAUUGAGCUAAUCUAUAUAAUCCCCAGACAGCGCGACACAACCAGACACGACAAGCUAGUCUCUGAUAUGGCAGAUUUACAUCACCGUAUACCACACAACAAGUUGUGGCGACCACCAAAUGAAUACUGA